CUAGUUUCUUAAUGCAGGGAAAUAAUUUUUUCCUCUAGCCUAUACCGUAGGAAGCAUAAGUAGUUGAAAAGCUGUAAUUAAUUAAGUAUCAAUACUUCAUAGCUACUAGAACAUAAGUGCAGCUAAAGGUGGAUCUCUGCUCUGACUUACGUGGUCAGAACAUACAGUAUCUCUGACAAACAAUCUCAAGUGGAUGUCAAGUAUAAGGACAGGUGAUGUAUCUCACUCAUCUCUGAGACCUGAAGAUCUCAGGCUUUGAGAGCCAGACAGUUCCCAUAUGUUAGUAGCUCUCAGUGGAUUUCUCUCCUAGGUUCCCCGUGAACUCCUGUGAAAAUAUGAAGUGGUUAAGUAAGGAAUGUAUCAGGCAAUUCCAGGUUAAUCUAUCUGUUUCCAAAACUGGGUUUUUACAGAUGAUGCACAUGAUGCUGCAACACUGUAUAUAUGAAGUCUGAGGUAACCCAAGGUAGGGACUAAGAGCUCUUCAGAGGACAGCAUUAAUAUUCAGUUUGUCAAGAGGAAUGAGCUGAAACAAACAGGACAAAUGCAGUAACUAUUACAGGUAUAAACGAUCAACCGUCUAAAAGCAAAAUCAGUAGUAUGACAAUUUAUCAAAUUCUCAGGGAAGUUUCAGAAACCGAGUGUGAUUUGUUAUCCCACUUGAAAGAUUGCACAGCAGUUUUACACAAUGAAUAAACAGACUCUUAUGUUUUACACAUAUUUUUUGCAAUUCUAGUCAAUAAUGUUUUAGCUGGACUACGACAUGUAAUUUCAAGUACUGUAUUUCAAGAACAGUUUGAGCUUAUGUGAAUGUAGCAAACCUUUCAGAUUUCUCAUCAAAAUAAGCCAAGAACUGGGGCUAUGUGCUUUAGCAAAGACCACACGUGAAAAGUGACAUUUCAUGCAGGGGAAAGAAAUCUUCCUAUGCUUAGUGAGAAAAGUAACAAGGUUAAAACUGCAACAGGAACUCUGACAUACAUAAGGAAAAUCAUUCUGGUGGUUGGGUAAAUCUCUGGUGGUUGGCUGUAAAAUCUCCACAGGGACAGUGACAUAAAACUGUCUAAACCAUUCCAAGGACCUGAGUUCAUUUCUGUUGCCUGUCCAGCCAACUGGCAGCCUAAAUGUUUCAAGCUGAGUGAGGAGUCUUAAAAUGAGAGAGCGAGGCAAAUAGCCUCAGAACAUCCUUCAAGGCCUAGGACUUUAUCAAGUCAGUGUUAGCUUGCUUCAUGACAGAAGUGCAGCCAGGUUUAAUUUCUCUAAUAUUCUCAAAAGUAGUGAGCAAGCACAGUGCAUUAGCAAAAAUUCAAGUUUUAUUAAUGUAACAAGUAUGAUCUGGUCAGUAUCAUCUCAUUCAAUUAGAUGGAAAACUAUGCAGCCUAAUUUAGGUGUCUAUGUGUCUGGACAUGGCUUAUGAGAAGCUGUAAGCUGCUUCUCUUUAAUUAUCUCAUUUCAAGUUAUAAUGUAACCAGACUCUAAACAGCUACAGAUAACAAAAAACAUGAGCAGUGGGGGAAAUAAUUAAUAUGAUUUAGCAUUACACUUGGGAAGUCAGAGGGUUUUACAUCAUAACUUAAAGGAGUUAUCUGUAAUUUCUCUCACUGGUGUUGCAAGGAUGGCUUUUCUGUUUCUCUCAUCUUCUAUGCUAGCUGAGCACAAACUUUCUCUUCAAGAAGGAAUGUCAAAAUUAAAGCUUUUAUCCUGAUUCUGACCCGAAGAACCUCUGCUGAUCUCAACAAGUCACUUCUAAGAUAAGAUAUAAUGGAAAGCAAGGAAGCCAGUCUGUAAAUAAAAGCAUUCUCUAAUCGCUGUCUGUGGGAUAUGAGAGAAAAUGAUGACAUUUAUGAUUUCUGCACUGCGUAUGAUAUUCUGAUAUCCUGAUAUCCUGUAAUCAGUGAUAAACUCCUGAAGUCCAGGUACAAGACGUGUAAAUGUAAUACAGUAUCUUAAGCUUAGAGGAAACAGGAAACUACAUUUAGUCAGAAGAGUCUAGGUGGAGCUGAGACACCCUCAUGAAGCUCUGCUUAGAGUGUAGCUUAACAGAGAUCAUGACUGUCUGAACAACUCACUCUUAUGUGGAUUCUGUACUCACACAUGCACUUGGCUUACAGAGAAAUGCCUCCUUUACUGUAUGUAAUAAGAAGACUGUUGACUGAGUAGUAUAGCUUCUUCCAAGCAUGGAAACAGAACAACUCUAGUCUAGGAGCAGAACAGCUACAAGUAUGGCACAUAAAAGAAAAAGAAAUAAAAAUAGAAAGCUAAUCUGUGUUGAAACUUACGCUGAAACUCUUAUUAUAUAGACAUAGCUUGAGUCACCUGCCAGCCUGAAGCUUCUAUUGUGAAAACAAAGGAUCAAUAUUUCUAACACAGUGAACUCAUAACACUCAGCAAACAGUAAAUAUACAUCACACCUGUUACAAAAGUGAAUAUUAUUUACUUAUUGUGACAUGGGUGCGUGGAAGUACUGCCCAAAGACCUAAACAACAAUUUCUAUGCAAGAGAUUACAUAAAUAAGGUGAAAAGCUUUCCUCAGUCACGUCCAAAUGGGAGGAAAAAAAAAAAAAAGACCAUCUCUAGCAUCACCUAGCCCAGGAGGUCCCUUUCCAUGGGAGUGUUUCUUAUGCACAAGAAAUAAAUAAGCUGAACUACCCCCACCUGUUAUGACAGUUCUUGGUUGUCAUAGGAACAAUCUGAAUAACUGAGCUUGGCUUAUGCUAUCAGGUAACAUAGCACUUACUUGCCACAGAGAAGGAAAGACUAGAGCUUUUAAUCAGGACCAAAAAAAGAAAUAAAAAAUAGAAACAAGACAUGUAACCUCUGAGACUAGCUAACGAGCUCCUCAGAGAUCCCUACUGCUUUCAUUCAGUAUAGAACUCUGAGAUUGGAGUUGCCUCUCUUCUGAAUGUAAAGUAGGUUGAAAAAUGAUGCAUCGUAACAGGUUUCCAAGCAUUUUGCUAAUCACUUCCUGUUCAUAAGCAUACAUGGACUCUAUACUGCACACAGCACCCACCUAUUACAGUAAUGCAAGAGUAGAUAUAUUGAGGUUACAAUUCCUCCCUUCCUCAGAUUUCACAUAGUGAUGGUUGCUAUGAUUGUAGCUAUCCAAUGGCAAACAUAGCUUUUGUAAUUCAUAGAGGAAAAAGUAUUAUUUUAGGUAAGUGGAUCCAUUAGACCCAUAAAUAAUCAGUCUUUAUUUUUUUUUACAAAUAACUCCAAUUCAUUUGAUAACAUCCCACUGUCAUGAUUGGUUUUUUUAUACACCACUGCAUUCCCCUUUUAAAGCAUUUUGUGCAGACAGCAGUGAGAAACUUGCAUUCAUACUGAAUCAUUCAUCUAGAGCUGCCUGAAGUUAUACAACUGUUUACACAGUUCUGGAAAAUAUUUCAUUUUCUUUUACGAGGCAUUAUCUGCUUGUUUUUGAUCCUUCAUAUGCUUCACUCCCAGCCCAGAGUGUAAGCAGGAAGGCUACCUCUAGUGUUUGAGCAACUUUUCUCAUCCUGAGAAAAGACGGUAUUUUCUACUUAUGUCUAGAUUAACAAGGCUUCUUCUGCCAGAACUCAUACCAUGGACAACAGGUAGGACUCUAGCUCAACCUAGUGUAAGAAUUCCAAGUUAUUGUACUGCGACAUCUCCCCUUCACAUGGCACUACAGUUAGGACAUGCAGUGCACAAGACCACACUUCAAAGGUCCCUGAUGAGACAUGAGGAAAUCAGUAAAUCCCUCUUUUUUACCUUAGGACAGAGCUUGUUUUCCUGCCUCCCAAGACGAGCUUGCCCAGCUGUUCCUCCUUGGGGAAGCCCCCUCCUGGGGCUUCUGUUUCACCCUGUUAUUGUGCAAGUGCUUUCAGCAGAGGGGAGCAUCUUGGAGCAGCCUGCAAGACCCCCCCUGCUCACCUGGCACCCAAAGGGCCCAUCAGGCUGCCAUGAGAGAAGUGGCCAGGCCCAGGUCCCCUUGGCAUGGAGGUGCCACUGCUCAGCCCCACGCCCUCCCUGGGGAGGUGUCAGGAAGCCCCACACACACCCAGCCCCUCGCUGCCUCCCCAGACAUGCGGCCUCACCUUUGUAUGAGCUGUGCUGUGUUUACCUUCCCACUUCCUUGUUGCACUGCAGUGCGAGGGUCAUAAACUGUACGGCUGGCACAGCCGAGCCCUUGGCAGCACAGACAGAAGGAAGAAGCGGAGGGGGAUGGCAACCAGCUCCCCGCCCUGUGUCAGAGCACCCCAGGUGCCACCGUGGUGGUUGGGAGUGCAACCCUAGGGAUGGUGCCGCUGCCUAGGGCAGCACUCUGAUGCCUAGCAGCUGCCCUCAUGGUCAGGGCUGGGUGCACACAAGGGGAGAACAAGACUUACUUCCCAUUCUUCUCAGACUUCAGGGGUGGCAACAUGACGGCUCUGCUUGUUGGUGAGUUGUCUGCACUGGGCUCCGUCUUCCUGCUGGCCUUAGUGGGCAACAUCUGGGGCAUCUGCCUGCUGGUGUGGCGGCAGCAACGGCUGAGUGCUGCCAACUACCUUGUCCUCAACCUCUUUUGCGCCGAUCUGCUCUUCAUCACCGCCAUUCCAUUCAUUGGCAUUGUGCGCUGGACUGAGACAUGGGUGCUGGGCGAUGUCAUCUGCCACAUGCUCUUCUAUGUGAUGACCCUCAGUGGCACCGUUGUCAUUGUCUCCCUCUCAGCCGUCAGCCUGGAGAGGGUUAUCAGCAUCGCUCGGCUGCACCACACUGCCUUCCGACGCCGCAAGCUGCUGGCUGCUGCCCUCCUCAUCUGGGGCUUCGCUGCUAUUGUCACCCUGCCACUCUGCUGCUUCUUCACUGUGGUGCAGCUGCCCAGUGUCACUGGUGAGGAGAUUCACAUUUGUACCUUGGAUUGGCCCAGCCAUGCAGGAGAAAUAAUCUGGGAUGUGACAUAUGCUGUUGCUGUCUUUUUAAUACCAGGAUUAAUCAUUGUCAUCAGUUAUUCCAAAAUCUUACAGAUUACAAAAGCAUCAAGAAGAAGCUUAAAUGCUGGAUUGGCCUACUCAGAAAAUCAUCAGAUUCGUGUUUCCCAGCAAGACUACAAACUCUUCCGAGCCCUCAUUGUGUUGAUGAUCUCCUUCUUCAUCAUGUGGAGCCCAAUUAUCAUAAUUAUUUUUUUAAUUUUAGUCCAGAGCAACAAACAAGAUAUAAAUAUUUUGCCAUCAGUUUUCUUCUGGAUAGUGCUAUUUACACUUGCCAACUCUGUUGUCAACCCAGUUUUAUAUAAUGUUGCCCAUUUCAGACGUAAAUGUCAGAAAAUUUUCCUCUGUUGUACAGGGAACCCAGUAAGGACAGGGGCUGGUUCAGAAACCUCUGCAAGAAGUAAACGUGAACAACCUAAGUUGUCUGUCAUUACCAGAUAAUUAUUUAAAGUCUGAACUGUGACUCAUUUUGGAUGUCAAUGUUUAUAGUAUCCCAGUCUGACUAGGUUAUCAUACUAUAGUAUUAUAUGCUAGAGGAGGCAAAAAGAAAAAAAAAAGGAGUAUUCCAGCAAGUAAAAUCCUCUUGACUUCACUGCUUUGCCUCAGUAGGAUUUGCACAAUUUAAUCCAAUGGACUGAACUCUCCUCUUGUACUGGAAGAAAAUGAAAUAUGGGAAUGAACUUGGUGAAUGUAAAAUAGCCAAACUAAGUCCUCAGUGGAAUUAUAUUUUAUGGGAGUACAUUUCCAGUUGGCAAAAAUGUUAUUAGUUUUAAUAAAGUCAUAGUGAAUCUACAUCAAGAGCAGAUCUGUAAUGUCCUUACUCUUUAUUUUUACCGAGAUCAACUUUAUACAGAAAAUGUACAUCUUCAGAAGUUUUCUGCUCUUGUAGACUACCAGGAAAAAAAAACCCACCUGAUUUUACAGUUAGAUAACUGACUACCUGCAGAAGGGUUUGGCAAAUGAGACUACAAGCCUCUAUUAUCAACACAUGAAUGAUUGUUUUGGUUCCACCUUAGAUUAAAUAUAUGGAUAUAAUGCCUACUAAUUUAUAAAUGAAGUAUAAAUAAAUGUUUACUUGUCAUGUGAAAAA